UUGGUCUGUAUGUAAUACCGUGCCAAGAUUCAAACAACUUCUGGACAUUAUAGUAAAUAUGCCUAUGCCAAAUGAUGACAUGACGUAUUUUGUCAUAAAUUACUGUUGAUGAAGGUUCUGUGUCUCUCAUGCUCAUUGGUCAGUCGGAGUAUCCUGUUGUUGCUGCGAUUGGUUAGAUACCCCGUCCAUCAAAACAGGGCUCUCUCGAACUGCACACACAACUGAACAAAGUUGCAAAUUCAAUUUGACCACGAUUGGGAGUUGCUAACAAGCAAAACACAAGGGUGCAGAUAAGCUAAUUGUGCAGGAGAAAGCGAUUUUACAUCGAAUACACGGAUGUUUCCUCCGAAAUGGGAUCGGCAAACUCCACCCUGUCAAAAAUCCCAAAUGUCGAGGAAUUAAUGCAAGAAACUGGAUUCACGCCUGCGCACAUUGUUCGACUGUAUGACCGUUUUGAAGCGCUGGACAAAGAGGGGAAAGGCCACCUCCGGCCUCAGGAUUUUGGGGAGAUCAGAGAGCUGGCGAUGAACCCCAUCGGAGACCGGAUCAUCGCCUCCUUCUUCUCCCCCGGACAGGAAACAGUUGACUUCCACUCCUUUGUGAAGAUCCUGGCCCUUUUCCGUCCGGUUGAGAAGAAGCGUCCCAGAGAUGCAGGCGGUCCAGAACUGGUCAACAGCAGAACCAGCAAGCUGAAGUUUGUCUUCCAGCUGUAUGACCAAGACAAAGAUGGCAAGAUCUCCAGGAGGGAGCUUCUACAGGUGUUGCGUGCGUUGCUGGAGAGCCAGGUGACGGAGGAGCAGCUGGAGAGUGUAGCCGACCGGGCCAUCCAGGAGGCCGACAUGGACCAGGACCAGGCCAUCUCCUUCGAAGAGUUCCGGAAGACUUUGGAGAAAGUCAACAUCGACCACAAGAUGAGUAUCCGCUUCCUGCGUUGAUGCCCUUUGAGGCUGUCACCUGAUUGGCUCCCUAGAGCCUCCCUUGGCUCUGCCCCUUCCUGUCCUGCUUCUUCUUGGUAGUCACGGUUACCAGAUUCUCCUGAAUGACAACAUGGCAUUUCCUGUCUCUUUACAGAACAGAGAUGCCAAUCAGCUUCUCACAGCAUGAUACUGUGUUGGCCUCUCAUGUACCCCACCGUACAUGUGUGUGUGGUACAUUCUCCCAAACACACUGAGAUGCUGCUGCCAAUGUGUCAGUGUUAGUAAAUGGGUAUUAAACGUCCGAUUUGACUGUGCUUGUAAGAGUGUGUAACUGAAGGCUUUAGACGUUUUUGGUUUUGAUAUUGGGGAGGAGGAAUCCAGGCUUCUUAAACAGUAUGCUUGUUAUGAUGAGUAAUUAAUAUACUUACAUGUACUUUGGUAUUCUUCUAUGACUGGAUGAUGGUGUACUGUGGUGCACACAGUAUUUUACUCUGCCAUUUGAUGUAUAAGCUAAUCGAUUUUUUUUGUGUAUGAACUUAAUAAAUAUAUUCCUACUCAGGCGA